UAAGUUUAUUUUCACCAUUAUGAGCCUUGUGUUUCCCCUCCAGUGUCCUACACCGACUAUAUGCUUUGUAGUAUCUUACACCUGAAAGUCAGUGCUUGCUCAUUCCAGCUUCCAUCUCCUUACAGCCAUGCCCUCGCCAUCCUCAAAGUUGAGACAGAAAUGUUUGACAAGUACUACAACAAGAUGGAGCCAAAGGAUCAGGUCAGCCACUUGUUGCCAGAUAUACAUGGAUCUUCGCUGGACCUGGGACAGACACGUCCCAGACGUAAAUCUAAAUCCCGUGUUGCAACAGAUCGUUUUUUCGUCCUCACCGUGGAGCAAAAGAAUGAUCUAGCACAGCGGGAGCUGGAUGAAACAAAGGAAGAAAUUCAGCAGACCCAGGAGAAUUCUGAACGGAUUAUACAGAACUACCAGGCAGUCAUGGAAGAAGCAGCUAUUCAGUGGGCUGAUAUUAAGAAAGCUAUGAGCAACUUUAACAAAGACAUUAUCCAAACGAUAUCCAAGAAGAAAGGGAGUGUCGUAGCUUCUGAGAAGGUGCUGAGAUACCUGGAGGAGAAGAACCACAACAGGGAUUCGAUGAAAGAAAAAUUGCGCUUGAAAAACGAUUCUCUCAAAGUCCAGAAGAAGAAGUUGCAGCUGCAGCUGAAGCAGAAGGAAGAGAUGGGGGAGGCACUCCAUGAGGUUGAUUUCCAGCAGCUGAAGAUUGAGAACGCUCAGUUUCUGGAGAAGAUUGAUGAGAGGAACCGGGAUCUGCUACAGCUAAAACUGACAGCCGGAAACACUCUUCAAAUCCUCAAUUCCUACAAAAGAAAGCUGCAGAAUGCCACAGCAGCUGCCGCCCGCCUGAUGAAAGAUAUCUCCCAGAGGAAGGAGCUGCUGGAGAAGAUGGAAAGGGAAACCACGCUGGUGGAGGAGGAGCGAGCCACGGCAGAGCGUGUGAACAAGCAGCUGCGGCAGCAGCUCUCGGAUUACCGAGUGCCCCCUGUGCUGAAGUACGUCACUCAAAAGAUGGCCAUGUUUGAGCUGGAAAACAGUAUCAAGAUAUGGGAGAGGAAGGUGGAGAUUGCCGAGCUAUGAAAUACAGAAGAGCACUUCUCCUCAGAUCUCCCUGCUGCACAGGUGACCAGUAUGGGCCUUUUCAAACACUCCUGUGCGUGAAUCCUUUGAAAAUGCUUUAGAUCAAAUUUCUGAUCCUCUUCGUUUGACUGUCUCAAAGCACUGUACAAGCGUUCCUUAUUAAUUAAUCCGUAUCCCCAUGUCAGGCUGCCUGGAGUAGCUGACGACUGUGAGGGCGAACCUCAGGGCAAACUGUCAAAAAGCAGGGCAGACACCCCAAACUGGUGAUAUGUCUUAUCAUUAGAUUUCACCAACCUUGCAACAAGUGAGAACUCCAUCGGAGUCUUACCAUGGAGAUACAGCCAGUGGGCAGUCCAGUUUAUCUAGCCAUCCUGAGAAGCUGGACAAGGUGAUGGUCACUUUACACCCCAAAUCACAACAAUAUUCAUGUUACUCCCAGGCCCAAAGGAUCAGUCACUUAUCGCAGGCCAAUUGUACUCAGAUUCCAAAGACAAUGCCUGUAGCCGAUCCCGUAAUAAAAGACUUAGUAACAAAGCAAAAGAGGCAGGUUAAAACAGGAAACACACACAAAUGAGACAGUCACGUAGCGUCCUACAAGCAUUCCAUAAAGUCUAAAUACACUGCAAUCCAUUUCACUGCACUAACCCCCAGGUAAGCCAGACUGGUUUCGGUUUGUCAGUGUUCAGAUGGGCUGGUGCCUGUGGACGAGGGGCAGCACAUGGAGCCAGUGCUGUCCAUGCCAGCCACUUUCAGGAGUGGUGCAGGGUCAGGGCAGGAGUGAGCUGCCUUAACCCCACUGCUCUAUCCCAUGGGCAGCUGUCUGGCCCCUCCCAGGGUGGUUGGACCCACAGCCCUGCCCUCUCCAGGCCAAUGCCCUAUCCCCUACUCCACUCAAGAAACCAACCCCACCUCCCUACCUUCAGAGGGU